AUGGCCGAAACAUCCAAACCACAGAAAGAACUGUUCUUUCGCUCAUGUAAUGAAUCAUCCCCCACAACAGUUGUACUGAUCCAUGGCCUCUUUUCUUGCAACCUUGAAUGGGAGCACGUCGUACCAUUCCUCAGCGAUUAUCAUCUUAUAAUCCCCGAUCUUCCACAGCACUCAAAGUCGAAAGCAUCCGGUCCCUGGUCUCUUGAACUGGGAGCAGACUCUGUCGCGCAUCUUAUCCGAACGUAUGCCCACAAUGGCCGAGCGCAUGUCGUCGGUCUUUCGCUGGGAGGCUUCACAACAAUGGAGAUAGUCCGUCGACAUUCAGAUCUCGUCAUGUCAGCAUUCACCACCGGAGCUGCACCUUUCAUGCCCUGGCAGAGUUGGAUAGCUGAGCGACCCAGUCUUCUGCACUAUGGACUCAAGUUUGUUAUGUUUUCCGGCUUUUACACGUUUAGCGUCUGGAAGGCGGGUAUGAAAGACCACGCGCAGUUGAAGAAUGAGAUUGCUGGCAAUAACGAUUGGAACUUGGUCAAAGACGCUUACGAGGGUCUUUCGAAGUGGGGACAAGAGGCUGUAAAUGAUGUCGCUUCAAAAGAUAAACGAAUAUUGGCCAUUGCGGGAGACCAAGGCGACAAUAUUGAAGGGACAAAAGAGAUGACAGGAGUCUUCCGUUCAAAAGGGCGUGAUGAUGGAAGCAAGACCACGGCCUGUCUCAUAAAAGGAGCCAUACAUGGCUGGAAUCUUCAGUUUCCAGAGCUAUUCGCUGAUGGGAUCAAGGCUUGGGUCCAAGAAAAGCCUUUGCCUGAACAGUUCAUCAAUCUCCUGUGA